GCUCGGCGACACGCGGACGCCGCGCGCUCUCCCUACACUGACGCGAAACUAGUGAACGUUUUUUCCAAACCCAGUGCCACUUCUGAAACUAUUUCGUGCUCUUUGUUUUAUGCCGGGAAUAUUAUUUCAGAGGAUAUUUUAUUAGAUAACCCCGCAUAUCGUAGUUUUACAAACUACGUAGGUUUAAAUUAUACUGCUCUAAAAAGUGGAAAGUGCUCGGAGUGAUCAAGAUUUUCAUAGUUUUUCAGCUCUCCUAGUAGAGAUUCAAUACUUCCACACAUUCCACAAUCAUGGAGUCCGCUUCCAGAUCGCUGACUGAACAGUCUACGCACUCUUUACCUAUCCAAAGUGACACUUAUCUGUACAGUUGAAGAACUUCCGAAGAUGGUGAAAUAGUAGUGUAGUGUUAAGUGAUAAAAUGAGCUUAUAAGUUAAGUGGAUGUCGGGAGAAAGGGAGAUGCCUUACUACGGGUAUCGCGAGGGUGGGUCGGACUCGAGUGGGGGUUGCUCAGAGUCAGAUGGGGGGGAAUCGGACUCCGAGGGUGGGUUGAGCACGGAGAGCUCGGGAGGCCAGGGCCUGCCGUUCCCUGGCUUUACUCCGGUCGCCCUCAGGUACUUGACGCAAGACACGCGUCCCAGGAGUUGGUGCCUCAAGCUCAUCACGAAUCCAUGGUUCGAGAGGAUAUCAAUGCUGGUGAUCCUGCUGAACUGCGUGACGCUUGGUAUGUACCAGCCCUGCGUCGACGACCAGUGCAUUACCAACAGGUGCAAGAUAUUACAGGUAUUCGACGACAUAAUAUUCGCGUUUUUCACCCUGGAGAUGACGAUCAAAAUGGUCGCCAUGGGAGUUUACGGCCACGGAACCUACCUCGCAGACUCGUGGAACAGACUGGAUUUCUUUAUUGUUAUGGCUGGGGCACUAGAAUACGCUUUGAACGUGGAAAAUAUAAAUUUAUCGGCGAUAAGAACGAUUCGAGUACUCAGACCCUUGCGAGCCAUCAACAGGAUACCUAGUAUGCGUAUCCUCGUGAUGCUUCUAUUGGACACUUUACCUAUGUUGGGAAACGUUCUGCUACUGUGUUUCUUUGUUUUCUUCAUAUUCGGCAUCGUGGGAGUCCAGCUGUGGGAAGGUAUUUUGAGGCAGCGGUGUGAACUGGUACUAGCACCGAAUGUAUUACGGCCCAACAUCUCGUUUCACUACGAGUUUUCGAAAGAGCUGGACUACAUUUGCACGACACCUGAAGACAGUGGAAUGCACCUGUGUGGAGACUUCCCGCCAUAUCGUUACGGGCCGCUCGUGUGUAACGAGACCGCCAGGCCAUUUUCAUACAACCAUCCGACCAACAGUUCAUGUGUCAACUGGAAUCAGUAUUACACAAAUUGCACGCAACGGGGAUCUAAUCCAUUUCAAGGGACGAUAUCUUUCGAUAACAUCGGUCUUGCAUGGGUUGCAAUAUUUUUGGUUAUAUCCCUGGAAGGAUGGACAGACAUAAUGUAUUACGUACAAGAUGCACACAGUUUUUGGGACUGGAUAUACUUUGUUCUACUCAUUGUGAUCGGAUCUUUCUUUAUGAUCAACCUUUGCCUAGUCGUCAUAGCGACUCAAUUCAGUGAAACAAAGAAACGCGAAAUGGAGAGAAUGCGAGUAGAAAGAGCUCGAUUUACAUCAACUUCAACCCUCGCUUCAUCGACAAACAAUAGCGAACCUGCUACUUGCUAUGCUGAAAUUGUCAAAUAUGUCGCUCAUUUAUGGAGGAGAUUCAAACGGCGUAUGGCUAAGAAAAUCAGAGUAUACAAAUAUCAACGAGCACAACUUCAAUGGCGAACUAGUAAAGAAACUCUACAACUACCCGCAAAUCGUCCCAAACAACAUCAUCCAUGUUGUCCGCGAGUGCAUGCUCAGGGCAACGGAAAAGGAGUGACAGAGGAAGGGAGUGACGAACCCCUCAGUAGACCGAGCUUGAUGCGCGUCCCCUCCCUCUCGGCCGCAGACCUCGAGAAUGCAUCUAACCUGUCUCUCUUAUCUCCACCAUCGCUCACUCGAAGACGGUCUUCAGUUAUGUUUAGCGACACAGUACUUCUACACGUACCGAAUGCUCAACACUUGGCACAUCCUCACAACGUCUGCUCUUCAGAGAAGAUGACACAAACCGAGUUCGACCUGCCGACAGGAGAGACGGCCGAAGAAAGAGCGGCAGCUGGUGGAACCAUGUCUUGUCAAGAACUCUUGGCCUUAUCGGGAGCAUUGUCAGCCGCUUUACCAACAGGCCAAGUUGCUUUGGACUCUUUUUUUGAAGAACUCACUAAAGGAAUAAGUAAAAGGGCAGGCGAAGACAAGAUGGACACUAAGAUUGUUGAAAUAGAUGAUUUUUCCUGUUGUGCUGAGUUAAUAGCAGCAGAGGCAGCGGCAGCUGAAAAGAAAAAGAGUCGGUUUUCAAGUGCAUGUUUAUUACUUUGGCGAGAGACGUCAAAAUGUUUUUCUCUAAUGCGAAAGCAUAUAAAAACUGUAGCCAAUCAUAAGUACUUUCAACAAGGUAUUUUACUCGCUAUUUUGAUAAACACUUUAUCCAUGGGCAUCGAAUAUCAUAAUCAACCCGAAGAACUAACAGUGAUUGUCGAAAUCAGUAAUGUUGUCUUUUCUGCAAUAUUUGCUGUAGAAAUGAUUCUUAAAGUCAUAUCUGAAGGACCAUUUAAGUAUAUUUCUAAUGGAUUCAAUGUUUUUGAUGGUGUGAUUGUCAUUUUAAGUGCAUUUGAACUAGCACAAAGUAUGGGCAAUGAACAAGACUUAGCAGGAAGUUCUGGCCUAUCAGUUCUUCGUACAUUUCGACUUUUGCGCAUUUUGAAAUUAGUGCGAUUUAUGCCCAAUUUAAGACGACAACUCUUCGUGAUGUUGAGGACGAUGGACAACGUUGCAGUGUUCUUUUCUCUGCUCGUUCUUUUUAUCUUCAUAUUCAGCAUCCUCGGUAUGAACAUCUUCGGGUGCAAAUUCUGCAAGAAAGAUGAAGAGGGCGAUCUAGAGUGCGACAGAAAAAACUUUGAUACGCUCUUGUGGGCCUUUGUCACGGUGUUUCAGGUUCUAACUCAGGAAGAUUGGAAUGUUGUUUUGUUUAACGGUAUGGAAAAAACGAGCCACUGGGCUGCGUUAUACUUUGUCACGUUAAUGACAUUUGGCAACUAUGUCUUGUUCAAUUUGCUAGUUGCUAUUUUAGUGGAAGGAUUCAGUUCGGAGAGAAAUGAAAGAAGGGAGCGGGAACAACGCGAACUAGCCAAAUCGAAGUUAUCAAGUGAGUGUUUCUCCGACAACAACGAAUUGCAAUACGAUGACUCCAAUUCCGGAUCACACUCCAGCGACAGUUUUUCACAGAAUGAAAUCAAAAACUUCUGGAAGUCUGCGGAUGAUGUUAGGAAAGCCAAAGAUGAUGUUAAUGGACAAAAAGAUAAAGCGUCACGAUCUCGUCGUAAAACAAAAAACUCUUCUCAUCAUCCCUCUCUUUGCAAAGACUGCGCUCAAUCCAAUAAAUGCAACAUACAAAAAGAAUCAAAAAUGCUUGCUUCGGGUACUACGGGAGCAUCGGACAAUAAUAGCACUGUGGUGCCAAUGAUAACUCACACAGCAGCUACUCCGCAAGACUCGCCGUCGACAACAUUAGAGCCUGGUGCAACUUUCAGAGAUUUUAAUGUAGCUUUGGCUUUAGAGAGAUCUACCAUGCUGUCAAGUUUAGAUUCCAUCGACCGAACAUCUUGUCCCAGUAUACCAGGAUUACUCAAACCACCGAACAGCUACACGUUAACACUGCAUAACGCAGCUGCACAACUAGGUGCUGAAAAAGCGCGACUUCCCCCUAUGAAACUUGCUCCUCCUCCCCUAACCUUAGCUCCACCUCCAUCUAGAUCCACGUCCCCCGGUUCCACUACACCUACAACUCCUAGAUCAUUACCGUCGCCAAUGUUUCCAGAGAAAAAUCUUCAGGUUACGAUUGCUAAGGAUGAGAAUUGUUUAAAUGUUAGCGACAAGUCCAGCUUGCUUAGUUCUCAAAAAAGCCUAACCAUAACUACACCAAUAAUAAAUGGAGAAGAUAAAUGCAAAGUGCAACGUGGUUAUAGUUGGAGACCCAGUCUAGUGCGUAAAAAGCAACGAACGGGCUCUGAUUCUGAUACAGUAGUACUUAAUAAUGGACGAGAUCACUUAGCUUGUAAUGGUUCUAGCUUCAGAAAAAACGAAUUACUGCUGUCAUCGUCAAUGGUGAUCAAAAACGACACACAAUCUGAAUUACCAAACAAUAGAUCAAAAGUAGAGAGAAGAAGAGUUUCUGCUCACACCACUCCUAUCCUGCCAGACGUAUCAUGGAAAGCGCCAGAAGCGGGUUUCUCAUCCGACUCCACAGUAAGAUUAGAUGCGGGCAAAUCUCCACCUCACAGGCUUUCACUUACUAAUGAGUAUAUUACAGUGACAUCGAUAUCAGAAGUGAAAGCCAGUAAUUUGACUCCUACAACUCCACAAGUUCCUCAGAUAUCUCCGAGACUAUCUAGACAGGAUUCUUUACGACCUAACAGCCAAACAUUGCCUUUUAUCAAACAAAUCAAUGAGGAGGUGGCAAUAAACAACAAUGUCUGUAUAUUCUCAUCGAGAUUCGAUAGGAGGCGGUUCAGAUUUAAAGACCUUUUUCGAUUUAUGGAGCCAACGGGGUGCCUUAAGGAGAAAGAAGAUUAUUCUCUUUACAUAUUUGCACCAGAUAACAAAAUAAGAAGAUUAUGUACAUGGAUGGUAACAAGAAGUUGGUUUGACAAUAUAGUCCUAUUGUUCAUAGCUUUAAAUUGUAUAACAUUAGCCAUGGAGAGGCCCAACAUUCCGCCGGACUCAAAAGAGAGAUCUUUUUUGUCUACUGCUAAUUAUGUUUUCACCGUGGUAUUUGCUGCGGAAAUGUUUAUAAAGGUUGUAGCCUCUGGAAUGUUCUAUGGUCCCGACGCAUACUUUACUUCGGGAUGGAACAUCAUGGAUGGAUCACUCGUCAUUAUAUCAAUUAUUGAUCUAUUAAUGUCAUUAGUUUCGGAAUCUAGUCCAAGGAUAUUUGGAAUAUUGAGGGUGUUUAGAUUGUUACGCUCUCUCAGACCUCUAAGAGUAAUAAAUCGAGCUCCAGGAUUAAAGUUAGUAGUACAAACGUUGUUAUCAUCACUGAGACCAAUUGGAAAUAUAGUCUUAAUAUGCUGUACGUUUUUUAUCAUUUUUGGCAUAUUGGGGGUGCAGUUAUUUAAAGGGGCAUUCUUCUAUUGCGAAGGUACAAACCUCAAGAGUGUCAAAAAUAAAUCAGAUUGCCUGGCCAUAGAUGGUAAUGUGUGGGUUAAUAGAAAAUACAAUUUUGACGACCUAGGCAAAGCACUGAUGUCAUUAUUCGUACUGAGUUCUAGAGAUGGCUGGGUAAACAUUAUGUAUACAGGACUUGAUGCAGUUGGUGUUGAUCAGCAGCCAGUCACCAACUAUUCAGAAUGGCGUCUUUUGUAUUUUAUCGCGUUUAUCCUUCUGGUGGGGUUCUUCGUGCUAAACAUGUUUGUGGGAGUGGUGGUAGAAAACUUCCACCGUUGUCGAGAGGAACAAGAGAAGGAAGAAAGAGUGAGGCGCGCUGCAAAAAGAGCACUGCAGAUGGAAAAGAAAAGACGAAAAAUGCAUCAAAGACCCUACUAUGCCGAUUAUUCUCAGACUCGUCUUUUCGUACAUAACGUGGUAACAUCUAAAUACUUUGACUUAGCAAUAGCAGGCGUAAUCGGAUUAAACGUCGUAACAAUGGCUAUCGAGUAUUACAGAAUGCCUCCAGCUUUACAAUAUGCCUUGAAGAUAUUCAAUUAUUUUUUCACCGCAGUUUUCAUACUUGAAGCAAUCAUGAAACUUGUAGCACUGGGUUUUAAAAUCUACCUAAAAGACAAAUGGAAUCAACUAGAUGUAAUAAUUGUCAUACUAUCGAUAGUUGGGAUAGUAUUAGAAGAGCUUGAGACCAAUAUAAUCCCGAUAAAUCCAACUAUAAUGAGGGUAAUGAGAGUUCUAAGGAUCGCAAGAGUAUUGAAGCUGCUAAAGAUGGCGAAAGGCAUUAGAGCCUUGUUAGAUACUGUAAUGCAAGCUUUACCGCAGGUCGGCAACUUGGGUCUCCUAUUUUUUCUUUUGUUCUUUAUUUUUGCUGCUCUAGGUGUUGAAUUGUUUGGGCGGCUUGAAUGCUCUGAUGAGAUUCCCUGUCAAGGUCUCGGUGAACAUGCCCAUUUUGCUAACUUUGGAAUGGCUUUCUUAACAUUAUUCCGAGUGGCAACAGGCGAUAACUGGAACGGCAUAAUGAAAGACACGCUGAGGGAAGACUGUGAUAGCACGGUGGAUUGCGUGAGAAACUGUUGCGUGUCCACAAUCAUUGCGCCAAUAUUUUUUGUUGUGUUCGUGCUUAUGGCACAAUUUGUGCUAGUCAACGUUGUGGUGGCGGUAUUGAUGAAACACCUCGAGGAAUCGCACAAACAAAUGGAAGAUGAAAUGGACAUGGAUGUUGAGCUAGAACGCGAGUUAGAAAGAGAAGCAGAUGACGAAGAAGACCGAGCCCUCUGUCGGGCUUUAGAGCAGUGUAAUUCACCUCCACGUCCUUUAAACAAGGUACCGUCGCUGCCAGCAAAUUUCACUUAUAGUGAACCGAAGCACCAACCGUUACCUUCACCCGCACGCAGACGACGCACAUUACACUCACAUCACGCUUUGUUACCGGCCGCUUUACCACAAAGGAGAGCUUCCUUAUCCCCUCAUGCAUUUGGACGUCGUCAGCAGGAUUCUUCGACGUCGGAAGUUCCAGCUGCUUUGUACGAAGAGGAUGCCCGCUUUAUCGAUGCAGACGAUGUCGAUGAAUUAGAACCGGGAAGUCCUCCGCGACGGGACUCCUUCGCUCAAAACAGAAGACAGCGGGUCGAUAAAAGAAACUCCCUACGAGGAGAAGAAGCGAGGUUAUUGCGACCCGCACCAGUCCUACUUACAGUUCCUUCAACUAGACAGAGCAUACGGCGUAGUGGCGCGAAAAGGAGAUCGUCAACGGAGUCGGCUGCGACAAGUGACAAUAGUCACGCAUCAUUCCGGUCACAGUUGACACCAGAUAUAAGUGAUCAACCAAUAACUGAAGAAGAAAAAAUAAGAAUAGUUAUCGCAGAAAGACGAAAAGUUGACGCGACAAGGCCGGAGUCCGAAGACGUGGAACUAUCAGAGCGCGGCUCCUAGUCCAGGCAGGGCCGGCCGCAACAACACCAUGAAGUUUACAUCUAAAUCUUAACAUGGAAAAUAGAUGUACCCCCUUCCAAAAGAUUCCCUAUCUCUUCCAAGAAGGUGUGUUUAAGGGAACGCUCAAAGAUUGAACUCGGUUCUUGAACAGUGACACGGUGAACGUUUAUGUUAAUGAAUUUUGGUGAUUUGUGUCUUGGAAUGUUUAAAACUUUGAUAACUCAUUUCAAACCGAUUGAAUGACAGUGUUUGGUGUAAUGUUUGAGGCAAAUUUCCUUUUACCACAGUAAACCCUUUAUUUUCUCUUUGCGGCCGGUUCAACUACUUUACGAAGAGACUUUAAUAAAUUUAAGAUUUAUUUUUUAAAAUUAGUUAGAUAGUUGUUAGAACUAGUCAAUUUGUGGUGGUGGGACGUUUUCUACGAGUGCUAAAGUUCACUUCAUGACUUGAUUAAGUAAUUUAUUCGUACGGUGCUUGCUGUUAAUAUUUGAUCUGUUAUGUAUUUUACGUUAAGUGUAAUUGAGAACCUCAACGAAGAAUCAAUUUGUGUGUGUGAUAAUAAAUGUAAUUUCCGUUGAUGUUUGUAAAAUUUAUUUUAGGUAGGUAACUACUAAAAUGUUAGGUUUAGUUAGUUUAGUUUAUGUCCUAAGAAUGGGUUUCGAAUCAUUGAAGUUACGAGUGGUUUAAAAGUCAACGCGACGAUUUAAAAAGCCUAUCUGUUGUAAAAUUGUUUUAGUAUUAAUGUUUACUUUUUAGCAUACCAACUUCUAGUAAAUGACUGUUUAGGCUCGUAGUGAACUCUUUCUAGUUAGAUCUAUGUCAAUCUAUUAGUAUUAAAAACAGAACCAAAAGUUCGCGAAUUGAGUAUUACCCUCUUAUAAGACGAAGAAUAUUUUCUGAAUAUAAAUGAAUCCUAUUUUCAUACAAAAUCAUGUACUUAUUUAGAUGUUUACUGGCAAUACGCACAUGUUUUAGAGAGUAGAAUAUUAUGUUCGACUUGUACAUUACAAAAUUGAAUAAAACUACUCCGACAUAGUAGUCUGAAUAACGUAAGAUUCGACUAAUAUUAGUGUUGCUAUCUAUAGCAAUUUCUAUUAUCAGGGGUGCCAAAUUUACAUUUUAAAUUUAACUUAUUUAAGUUAUCUUGUUAACCGAAACACGUUUAUCUUAUUUCAGAGCUCGCUAUCAUACUUAUUUAUUAGUAAAAGCCAAUUAUUCGAAAGACACCACCUGUGUUUCUUCUCUCAUAUUAAUUUAUUUCGUUCUUGUUAUUGUAAAAUGUAAUUAGUUAGGGAAGUCAGCAAUAAAUUUUAUACUUCAACUGUGCCUUUCCUAUUUCUAAUGUAUUAUUAUUAGCUUGUGAAAUCAAUGGAAGAUAGACUCAAAACUUUGUGUAUAUUGUAGAAUAUGACAUUAUAGAUGAGUAUUCAAUGUUAAGUACCUAUUUAUCUUUCUUAAUUUUUUAAAAUUGUACGAAAUUGUAAAGAAAUUAAACUUCUAAAAAUCCGACUUUAGCAUUCCGAAUUUCACGGUCACUUCGACAUUUUCCUCAAAUAAUAAUAGGUUAUUAUUCUUAUUGCUUGUUACCACGAUUUAAAAGUACACGUCAUUAGCUUUUGCACUAUAAAAACUUUAAAAAAAUAUAUUGUAAUAAUUCAUAGAUAUUGUAACACAGAUAUUGAGUUAAUAAAAAUGAAUUAUUCUUUUGUUUAAGUAAAUAAAGUUUAUCUGAAUAAAAAAAACUUUGUAUUUUUAGGUACAUUUCUUGAAUGGUAUAUUUUUUAAAGGAUUGUGUGUACUUUUAUCGUGUUAAUGCAGCAUCUUAGUACAAAAACUAUUAUUAAUCAUUUCUACCUAUUACCUAAAGUCUUCCACCAUCACCUGGUAAUCUUCUGUCUUAACACGUACCAUAGAUUCACUAUAACAACAAUAUUGUGGAUAGUAGUUUUAAUUUUAACCAAAAUACCAAAAAAUAUAAACAUGAAAAUAUUGUCAUGCAAAAAAAUGAAUUGAUUAAAUGGAAUUUAGUAAAACUAAGAAUAGUUUUUUCGUGAUAAAAGCACGUGAUAAAAUAUUUAAUUGUUUUUCGGUACUGACUGUAUGUUAAUUUAAGUGGUAUGAACAAUGUUCAUUAUUUGAGUACACCUGUUAAAAUUUAGCUGGUGAUCUGUCAAGUUACGAGAGUUACGAAAUGUUAGGUUGAAAAUAAAUAUAAAAAUCGAAUG